GUUAUGGUACGACUUAUCAAAUUCGUGCGCUACCCCAGAAAUGAUGACGUUUUACUCAAAAUAAACUAAAACGAUGUCUUCUCAUAUUAGAAGCUCACUGGGACAAGGAAAGAAGAAAGUGCAGGUCUCGUUUGUAAUAAGAGAUGAAGUUGAAAAAUACAAUCGAUCUGGUGUAAAUGCUCUUCAGUAUGAUCCAGCCUUACGAAGACUCUAUUCUGCAGGAAGAGAUUCCAUCAUAAGGAUAUGGAAUACUCAGACAAACAAGGAUCCCUAUAUCCUAUCAAUGGAACAUCACAAUGACUGGGUCAAUGAUAUCAUCUUAUGUUGUGGAGGAAGAACUUUAAUAUCUGCAUCCAGUGACACCACAGUCAAAGUAUGGAAUGCUCACAGAGGAUUUUGUAUGUCAACACUCAGAACACAUAAUGACUAUGUGAAAUGUCUUGCCUAUGCUAAAGACAAAGAGCAGGCAGCGUCAGCAGGCCUAGACAGUGCAAUAUUUCUGUGGGAUGUCAACACCCUAACAGCACUUACCACCUCUAACAACACCGUGACAACCUCAAAUCUUCAUGAGAACAAACACUCCAUCUACAGUUUGGCCAUGAAUCCUCCAGGAACAAUCAUUGUGUCUGGAUCAACAGAGAAAGCCUUGCGAGUCUGGGACCCCAGGACAUGUCAGAAAAUAAUGAAACUGAAAGGACACACUGACAAUGUCAAAGCUCUUGUAUUGAAUAGGGAUGGAACACAGUGUUUAUCUGGUAGUUCUGAUGGAACAAUACGUCUCUGGUCACUGGGGCAACAAAGAUGUGUGGCAACCUUCCGAGUUCAUGACGAGGGAGUGUGGGCAUUGCAGGCUAAUGAAGCAUUCACCACAGUCUACUCUGGUGGUCGAGACCGUCGAAUUUGGGCCACAGAUAUACGCAAUCCAGAUUACAGAACACUAAUUUGUGAGGAAAAAGCCCCAGUUCUGAAGUUGGAAUUAACACAGGGAAAUACAGAGAAUGCUUCGUUAUGGGUAGCCACAACAGAUUCCUGUAUCAGGAACUGGUCUUUACAAAAAGUACAGAACAGAAUGUCUGGAGACUAUGAUAACAUUAAACCAGUGUACACACAAGCUGAUUAUACAAUUAAAGGUGGUCCAAGCAUUAGACAGUAUUAUGUGUUAAACGACAAAUGUCACAUACUGACCAAGGACACAGAUGAUAAUGUGGCUCUAUGGAAUGUACUGGGUGCUAGAUUGGUUGAAAAUCUGGGUAAAGUUAACUUUGAGGAUGAAAUAAAGAAAAGGUUUAAGAUGAUUUAUGUUCCUAACUGGUUCACUGUUGAUCUUAAAACAGGGCUGUUAACCAUACAUUUAGAUGAAUCAGACUGUUUUUCUGCCUGGGUAUCGGCAAAGGAGCUGGGCAUAAAACCUUCAGCAGAGGGGAUUGAUAACAAAUUAAACAUAGGCCAACAACUUUUACAAGCACUUUUGGAACACUGGCCAAAGGCUCAUAUGUAUGAAAACCAAGAAGGAAUGAUGGAAGGAGCUGACACACAACUGUUUUCUGUCCCUGAUCAUACACCUGUAAUAUUCUGUGAGUCAGAUGGGCGGGCUUUAUAUCGAUUCCUCUGUCGCGAUGCAGCUGGUGAAACAGAACAAAAUUAUCUCAACGAACUGGUGCCGUCUUGGGCAGUGGAAGUUGUUGUUCAUAGGAACACACCAAAAUCAAACAAGAUUGCAUUUUUUCUUCAACCACAUCCAAGUACAGGCAUCAAAAUGAUCAAAAAGGAUCGUUUAUCAGCUAGUGAUAUGAUACAAGUGAAGAAGGUAAUUGAGCACGUAUAUGAGAGGAUUCUGGGGCAGGGAACUGAGAAUGGGCACCAAACAAAUGAGGGUGGUGACCACGAAAAAGAGCACCAUGAUGUCAGUUCUAUAGCUGCAGAAAAAGUGGAACUUCUGUGUAAUGAUCAGACACUUGAUGCUAAUAUGGAUCUAAGAACAGUAAAACAUUUCAUUUGGAAACAAAGUGGAGAUUUGACAUUACAUUAUAGGUUACUAAAUAGAUGAUCAAUGUUUCUUAGAAAGAAAGCAUUUAAUGUAACUCACAUAUAUAUGGGGUAGUUAUCAUCACCAAGAUUGAAUCUAGUUCCCAAAUAAUUCAACACAGAACACAGCUGGUGGCCUGUUUAAAGUCUGAUGGUCAAGGGACCACAUGUAUAGAGAUCUGAAACUCACAAAUCCUUUAUUUAUUUUUGCAAGAAAACUUUUGCUUAUUUAUAUAAUUGAUACACAGAACCAAAUUGCUGUAUCAGUGAUGCAUUUAAAUGGUUUUACACUGUAUUGUAAUUACAUGUGCAUGUAGAUGGUUGUAAGGUUUGUGUGGUUGUACUAGAUUUCAGUGUUUCGUGACCUGUAAAUUUCAUUCACACAUUGUAUAAUGUAGCAAUGAAUCUACAUGCCUUUGUACAUAUCAUAGUGAAUGCAUUUGUUAUACUCUUGUCAGAUCACUAUUAAAAUACUGCAUUGGAUCAUGUCAUAAAUAUUAAACUACUGGUCUGAUGCUCAUCUCUGAUAAUAAAUGUAAAAUUAAUAAAGAAAUGUAAAAUCAA